AUGAGUGGCCGACGCGUGGCAGACACGGCGGUGUCGGACUCUGGCGAGCUCGUCGAGGCCCUUCUACACGUCUUCCACCCGCUGCUUCUGUGCGUGGCAGAUGCUCUCGCAAGCGCCACGGCCGUGACGCCACCGCAAGCGGUGGCAGGGGGCUGUGUGGCUGAUGGUGGUUCGCAAGGCACCGUCUCUUUGUGGCUGGAGGGGGGGGAGACAGGCGCUAAAACGGCAGCGGCGCCCGCCCCAAACACUCAAGACGCUGCCAGCGCUCAGCACAGCACGGCAACCGCGUCUUUCAUGGUGUUGGAGGGUGCCGCGGGCGCCUUCUCCCCGGUUGCACCCGCCCCUGCGAGGGACUCAUCGCCGCCGCCGGCUGACACGACUGCCGUCUUCUGUGCGGCAGAGGAGGACGAGGCCGGAGGCCACGAUGACGAAGGAGGCAACAACAGAAAAGCAGCGCAACAGCGGCUACCCACGGCGCUGGUGCACGACAAGCUCAGCGCCGCACAAGGUGCAUCCGAUGUUGAGUGCCGCGAUGGCGGACACGGCGUCGACAGCGACGCGGCCAAGGAGGUAACGGCGGGACUACGUUGUUCUGCCCGGAAGGAAAGUGUCGUCGCUUGCCCCCCAUCGUCUACAUCGUCCCUGCCCCACGCCACUUCACCGUCCUCGGCUUUCAUGUCUGCCAACUCCGAUGAGGCAUCUGCGACAAUGCCGCGCAAGCGCGGCCGACCACUGCUGUCGCGCACGGCGACCGCCCGCUUGCAUAAAAAAGAAGACGCCGCGAAGACACCCGAACAAGCUCUUCCCCGCGUUCCUGCACCGCCGCCCCACGCCGCGCGCCCGUUCUGCUUUACAGUGCCGAAUGCGAUGCUGUGGGAGACGGUGGCGGCGUUGGCCGAGGCGGUGCUGAUCGGCGGGGCGUGCUUCAGCUGGCUGCAGGGCGAAGUGCAGAGACGUGCAGAUGCUCAGCAGCAGCACGGUGAAGGUCAGCGGGGUGCGAAGACGGCGCCGUCGUUGUCGUUGCCGUCGCCGGCGCGCGUGCUCGCAGACGCUCUUCUGGGCUUUGGCCACCUCUCCGUCACAGCUGCUCACAUGCGAUGGCGCGAGUUCGCCGUGUCGAGUAAAGAUGGGGCCAGCCCCACAGGCAGCGGCUCCCACGAGCCCGGCGAGCGAGGAAACGGCGAUUCUGGUGUCUUCGCUGCUUUGCCUGCUGAAGUGCAAGACGCCGUCUUCACCGCUGUCGCGGCGGCUCUCGUGCGCGCCGCCGCGGUGCACACGGCGCAGCUGCUCAGCCCCUUGUGCGCGACCACCCCCGGUGAUGCGAGACUUACCCAGAGAGGCGGAGAGAGAGUGGGGCAGCAACAGGAUGUGCCGGAUCCGGCACAGUGUCGCGGUGACUCUCCGUCCUUUGCGGCGCCACCGCGAGCCACAGCACACGUCGCGCCCGUUGAUGACUCUUCUGCAGCUUCACCGCACCUGCAGACCAACUGUGGCUGUCGUGCGGCGUCUGCUCCUUCCUUUCAGUGGCAGCAGUGGGCUGAAAGAAGGUUGGCGGCGGAGGCGCAGGGGUUCACCAAUGCGACCGGUGCACCGCUAACGUUUAGGAUGGUGCAAGAGAUGGUCAAGCAUCAGAAUCGACGCACACUGCAGGCUCAGCAGUUGCAGCAGCCACGGCCGACAGCGAUGUCGGCGACUCUGUCUUGCUCGCCAGCUUCCGUGUCCCCUGCCAGUGCUGCUGCCGUCGCCCCAGGUGCGAGCGGUCCGCGUGGGGACGCAUUCGUGGCGACAGCAACAACAGGUGCGCCGUCCGCCACCGCUGCGGCUGGGCAGCCACCAUCGCGCACAGCAGAAUCACCACUUUCAGUACUCAUGCGGCAGGCGGAGGCGCAGGACCACAGCUGCUUCUACGUGCAGGUAAGUACCGGUGACCGUGAUGGUGCCACGCGCACCGAGGCCACUGUGGCACCGGCCGGCAACACUGCCGUGCGUGCCAGCGAGUUUACGGUGCAGGUCUUGUGCUCCGCGCUGGCGUCUGCCAUGACGGAUGGGGCCGCAGCUGGGACUUUGCAUGACAGCGCAACCACCGAGGCGACUCGCUUGGUGGACGAUGCUGCUGCUGGCAGUGGUGGUGUCCUUGUUUGCGCAUGCGCGGCAAAGCGUGAGCAGCACGGCGAGGCCCGCAACCCGCAUCGGCUUGCUGGAGAUGCGCGUUGCGGCCUUGUGCGGCAGUGGUGCGCUGGGCUGGAGCAGCUGGCCUGCAUCACCUCCUCGAUGUCGUGCCGGAGCGGCACGGCGCGGCGCACGAGGCAUGCGAGCUUUUCGGUGUCCGUCGCAGCCCUCUUCGCGUAUUUGCGCGACUCCUCGGUGAACCCUCCGCUGCAGCUGCUGGCAGACUACGCGCGGGGGACGGGCAAAGUGACGUCGGCGUCGCCAAAGGCCCCUGACCCGGCGACGCGAGCUAUCCAUGGCGGUCACGCGGCAACCGCUGGCGCAGCAGCGGCGACGGUCGGCACGGCCGUGCACCAAUCGCCGUGGACGACCGCGCGAUGGAGUAUGCGGCCUGUGAUUGGCAUAGGAGAGGUAGACUACGCGGCUGACCACUUCACGCGGUCGGGGGAGCACCGCCGAGAUCAUGCCCAGGGUGUGGCCGCGUUGUCGUCGCUUCCGACAGACAGCGCCGCUGAUGCGUACCCGCCGAACAGGUCAACGCCAUCUGCUCUGAUAGACGCAGGGUCCCCUCAGGAGGGGCCAUCAAAGCAGCAGAAGACCGAUGCAGGCCAGGCGGCAUCCGCAUCGCCUCGCUUGCCGCCGGCUGUGGAGUGGCUCCGGCUCUCGGACGAACACGGCCAUCCUUCGCAAUCAGACAAGGCCGAGGUCAUAGACAGCGCGCCGCCGGCUCUGCAGCAGUCGGCGACGCGGGUGGUGGAACGAUCUACCGCGGCACUCUUCCAGCGUGUCCUCGCGCCAAUAAUUGCAGGCGAGCAAGGGGAUGCCCGUAUUUCUGCUGACGUCGUGAACCCGCUGGAGGAGGUCGGGGCGGUGCUUGCUACACUUGACGCCGUCUGCGCUGGCCGCACGCUCGUGGAUACGACGGCGUGGCGUUAUGGACGGAACCGCAUGAACGUCGCGGCGUUUUCCAUCGUUGGCCUGGCGUUGCCAGACAGCGAUAAGGGAGGCAGCGCUGGACAAGGAAAUGAUGAUGUCGGGAAGGACGGAGCUAGCCUCGAUAGCACGCACGAUUCGCCUCAGGGGCCCUCUGCUGAGAGAGCGACUCUGCAGUCUACGUGGGAGGAACCCUCCACCGCACCAGUGCCGGCGUGCCGCGCUCUCCUGCCCUUGGGUCUGUACCACCACGAGUGCGGAGUACUCCAUGUAGUGGAUGGUGCAACGUAUGCGCUGGAGAUCGACUAG